GCUGUCUCUCAUUCCCAACCCUUUUCUCAUUCCCAAAUUAAAAUCAGAACCAACACACAAACCCUAGGUCCCCAUUCAAAACCCUAAAUUCAAGAGUCUGCCUUUCAAUUCUUUGUUUGUCCUUUCCCCUUGAUUGGCAAUUGCAAUUCCUCAAUUUUCCCAGCAUUACAUAUACAGAUACACAUCCGCUGUAUCUGCUAUAUACAGUCUUAUAUUGACAUUUACGUGGAUAUAGUGUGAUUCGAGGAGUAGUUGCUCUGAAAAGGUGAACAAGCGACAGAGACAAUGGAAGGGAUACCGCACCCAAUACCUCGAACUGUAGAGGAGGUCUUCAGCGACUUCCAGGGCAGGCGGGCCGGCCUGAUUAAGGCUCUUACUACUGACGUCGAGAAGUUCUACCAGCAGUGUGAUCCUGAGAAGGAGAAUUUAUGUCUAUAUGGACUUCCUACUGAGACAUGGGAAGUUAACCUACCUGUUGAGGAGGUGCCUCCUGAGCUUCCUGAGCCAGCUCUAGGUAUAAACUUUGCUAGGGAUGGAAUGCAAGACAAGGAUUGGUUAUCACUUGUUGCGGUUCACAGCGAUUCAUGGUUGCUUGCUGUUGCAUUCUACUUUGGUGCACGAUUUGGAUUUGGUAAGAAUGAAAGGAAAAGACUUUUCCACUUGAUAAAUGAGCUCCCAACCAUUUUUGAAGUUGUUACUGGAAACAUCAAGCAACCAAAGGACCAAUCUGCUGCUAAUAACAACAGUAGCAGAAGCAAAUCUAGCGGAAAGUCUCGACCAUCUGAGAAAGAGGCUAAGCCAGUUAAGAUGUCUCCACCACCGAAGGAAGAAGAUGAGAGUGGGGACGAAGAGGAGGAUGAUGAACAGGGUGCAACUUGUGGGGCAUGUGGUGAGAGUUACGGAGGUGAUGAAUUCUGGAUUUGCUGUGAUAUAUGUGAGAGAUGGUUCCAUGGAAAAUGUGUGAAGAUUACCCCUGCUAAGGCUGAGCAUAUCAAGCAGUACAAGUGCCCGGGUUGCAGUAGCAAGAGGGCUAGAGUCUAGUAAACAGCUGAAGUUCAUAAACAAUUGGACAAAGUCAAAUCAGACAAGGUCUUUUCUGGUAAACAAUCUGGAAAAAAAAGAGUUUGUUUCUAUUUUAGUUAAUGAUAUUGAAAGACUCCAGAUGAGAUUUCAGGUCUUGCAACUCCUGCUGUGUCCAGAUUCUUGACAAUUGUGGUUUUAAAUUAGCCCCUGGCAACUUCGAGUUUUAUAUAAAUGCUUGCCCAGUUUUCUAGUUUCAA